CUCCUGCCCCGCCCCCGCGCUCAGACUGCCGCUGCCGCCGCCGAUCCCGCCUCCCGCAGCCUAUCUCAAGAAUUAGGACUACAAAGAAAACCUGAUGCGACCUCUCCAGAUUGUCCACAGCCGAUUAAUUUCCCGGCUGUGUUGUGGAUUAAAGUCUGCAGCCUCCACACAAACCAAGAUUUGCCUGACGAUGGCUCGUCCGAGUUCAAAUAUGCCCGAUUUUCGGAAGUUCUUUGCAAAAGCGAAGCACAUAGUUGUCAUUUCAGGGGCUGGCAUUAGUGCUGAAAGUGGGGUUCCGACUUUCAGGGGAGCUGGAGGUUAUUGGAGAAAAUGGAAAGCUCAGGACCUGGCCACUCCCCAGGCCUUUGCCCGAAACCCAUCCCAGGUGUGGGAGUUCUACCACUACCGGCGGGAGGUUGUGCAGACCAAGGAGCCAAACCCCGGGCACCUCGCCAUCGCCCAGUGUGAGGCCCGGCUGCACAAGCAGGGCCGGCGGGUCGUGGUGAUCACCCAAAACAUCGAUGAGCUGCACCGCAAGGCUGGCACCAAGAACCUUCUGGAAAUCCAUGGUAGCUUAUUUAAAACGCGAUGUACCUCUUGUGGCGUUGUGGCUGAGAAUUACAAGAGUCCAAUCUGUCCAGCUUUAUCAGGAAAAGGCGCUCCAGACCCUGAAACUCAAAGUGCCAGAAUCCCAGCUGAGAAUCUUCCCCGGUGUGAAGAGGCUGGGUGCGGGGGCCUGCUGCGACCCCAUGUAGUGUGGUUUGGAGAAAACCUGGAUCCUGCCAUCCUGGAGGAGGUAGACAGAGAGUUGGCCCUCUGUGACUUAUGUCUAGUGGUGGGAACAUCCUCUGUGGUCUAUCCUGCUGCCAUGUUCGCCCCCCAGGUGUCUGCCAGGGGAGUUCCAGUGGCCGAAUUCAACAUGGAAACCACCCCAGCCACAAGCAGAUUCAGGUUUCAUUUCCAGGGGCCCUGUGGUACGACUCUUCCUGAAGCCCUAGCUCCUCAUGAAACCGAAACUGUUUCUUAAUUGUCCUGGAGAAGGAAGAAAUUAUAGUGCGUCUGUGUACUAGGCCAUAAAGAGAGGAGAAACAGUCCUGAGGAUGGUGAGCUGAAUAUUGGGAGAUGUAAAAUUAUCCUCUGACUCCCUGGCUGGAACCCACCCUGUUGAUAAGAUAAUGAUGGGGGCUUUGAAGUAUCAAUAGCAAACGUAUUUAGAAGUCAGAGCACUGUAAAGUUACUGCCUGCCAUUUGGUUUGAACUUAAACAUAAGAUACCUCUGAUGUGAUUGGUUGGUUAUUGGGAAGGAAAAAAAUUUGUAAUUAGAUUGUCUAAAAAAUGUAAUUCUGAUUGUACUUUUGCUCUUUGGGUAGAGAUAGAAGGAGAGGGAUAAAACCCUAGUAUUUCUGAUUUUUGCACAAGUUUGGUGGAAAAUAAAAUCACUCUCUACAGUA